UAACCCCAACCCCAUGUAAUUUCAUCACAAAUCAAUUCAAUCUCUUCUCAGUUCAAUCUGACCACUGAAAAAUGUCUGGCCGUGGAAAGGGAGGCAAGGGUUUGGGAAAGGGCGGAGCAAAACGUCACCGGAAAGUUCUCCGUGAUAACAUUCAGGGAAUCACUAAGCCGGCGAUAAGGAGGUUGGCGAGAAGAGGUGGAGUGAAGAGAAUCAGUGGAUUAAUCUAUGAAGAAACGAGAGGUGUUUUGAAGAUCUUUUUGGAGAAUGUGAUUCGUGAUUCUGUGACUUAUACUGAACAUGCUAGGAGAAAGACUGUUACUGCUAUGGAUGUUGUUUAUGCUUUGAAGAGACAAGGAAGGACUCUUUAUGGGUUUGGUGGUUGAUUUCAUAUGUUUUCACCUUUUUUUUCAUUGUUGUUGAUGGAAAAUGGAAUCUAGCUGUUGUUUUUGGUUAUAGUUUUAUUUAGAGAAGAUUGUGAGAUCAUUGUAAUUGAUGAUUUGUGUUAGAUGAAAUGGAUCUCAUUACUUUUUCAGUUA